AUCGGCAAAGAGAAAGUACAGUACGUAAUUCAUCGAAAACAUACAGUUUCGUGUUGGUGUGGGUCAUCUUCACUUGAAAGAGUCUUGGAUUUCUUCCCAUAAUGCACCGCCGUUCUUUUCUACUUCCUCUUUCCGCCAUAUUGCAGAACCGGCAUCAUGGUGCGCAUGAACGUUCUCGCAGAUGCUCUGAAAUGCAUCAACAAUGCUGAGAAGCGUGGGAAACGCCAGGUCCUCCUCAGGCCUUGCUCCAAGGUUAUUGUGCGCUUCCUAACCGUCAUGAUGAAGCACGGUUACAUUGGUGAGUUUGAGAUCAUUGAUGACCACCGAGCCGGAAAAAUCGUCGUCAAUCUCACAGGCAGGCUGAACAAGUGUGGGGUGAUUAGUCCACGUUUCGACCUCCAGCUCAAGGACCUGGAGAAGUGGCAGAACAACCUGCUGCCCUCAAGACAGUUUGGAUACAUUGUGCUGACCACCUCAGCUGGCAUCAUGGACCACGAAGAGGCCAGACGGAAACACACAGGAGGCAAAAUCCUUGGAUUCUUUUUCUAAAGUGUAAAGAACUGCAAAUAAAAAACCAACGGGGUGAAAGCUGGA